AUGAAAUAUAUACCACGGUUAACAUUCCGUAAAUUUAUUCAUACUCAAAUUAACUCUCAUACUCACAUUCAUCCUAACAUUAAUUAUAAAUUAAACCUUUACAAUAUGCAAGGUAUCCAUAAAUCUGAUUACAAUUUAAACUUCAAACAUCUAGUCCAUAAGCAAUUGGAAUUGAACGAAGCUCAUUUGGAUUCUUUGAACUAUAAAGGGUCUCAAGUUACCUUCGAUGUCGACCCUGUUAAAUUACCUAAACCUGAUCCAAAUCUAAAAGUGUUCUUCUUUGAUAUCGAUAACACUUUAUAUGCACAGUCAACCCGUAUUCAAGAUCUUAUGGUAAGAGCUAUCCUCAACUAUUUGGAAAAUUAUCUAGGUUUAGAUCCUGAUCAAGCCCAAUACAUCAAUAAAACCUACUAUAGAGAGUACGGUUUAUUGAUCAAAGGUUUGGCUUUGCAUAAUGGUGUCAAUGCAUUGGAGUACAAUAGUAUGGUUGACGACUCAUUGCCUUUACAAAGGGUACUAAAACCUGAUUUAAAGCUAAGAGAUGUUUUAGAAAAAUUAAAGAGCAGCGGUAAAUUCGAUAAGCUUUGGUUAUUCACAAAUGCUUAUAAGAACCAUGCUUUACGUUGUAUUAGAAUCUUAGGUAUUGCCGAUUUAUUCGAUGGUAUAACCUAUUGUGAUUAUAAUCAAUCUCCAGAUAAUUUUAUCUGUAAACCUGAUCCAAGAGCUUUUGAAAAAGCUAGAUUGCAAAGUGGGUUAGGUUCUUACAGUAAUGGUUAUUUCAUUGAUGACAGUGGUUCAAACGUUUCUGUCGGUUUAGAAUUGGGCAUGCGUGUUAUCCAAGUUGUAGAAGACCAAGAAGAUGAAAUUUUAGGCCCAACUCCAAAGGGAGCUAUUGUAGUCAAGAAGGUUACUGAACUAGAUAGUUCAAUUCCAGAUUUAUUUUAA